CUACGUUCAAACGGUUUCUAGGGUUGUGUGGGGUUUGGCUGCAGGGGCCGGGACUGUUCUGUGUCCGGUUAUUCCGACCCGGACCUAAGAGCUGUAGGGGGGACGUAUACGAGUAGGAAACUCCAGGAGCAUGCCGUCCAGGGUGGAGGACUACGAGGUCCUGUACACGAUAGGUUCUGGCUCCUAUGGGAAAUGUCAGAAGAUCCGUAGGAGAACCGACGGGAAGGUGCUUGUGUGGAAAGAGUUGGACUACGGCACCAUGAGCGAGUCUGAGAAGCAGAUGCUAGUGUCCGAAGUGAACCUGUUACGGGAACUUAAACACCCCAACAUUGUGCGCUACUACGACCGUAUAAUAGACCGAACCAAUACUACACUUUAUAUUGUGAUGGAGUAUUGUGAGGGAGGAGACCUGGCCAGCCUGAUCUCCAAAUGCACCAAGGAGAGGCAGUAUUUAGAAGAGGACUUCAUACUGCGAGUAUUCGCCCAGCUUGCUUUAGCCCUAAAGGAUUGUCACAAAAGAGGUGAUGGCGGUCUUACUGUUCUCCACCGGGACCUGAAACCUGCCAACAUAUUCCUCGAUGCCAAGAAGAACGUGAAGCUCGGUGACUUUGGCUUAGCUAGGAUAUUGCACCAUGACACCAGCUUUGCAAAAACCUUUGUCGGCACUCCCUAUUACAUGUCGCCUGAGCAGAUGAACAGAAUGUCCUACAAUGAGAAGUCGGAUAUUUGGUCCCUGGGCUGCCUUCUUUAUGAGCUGUGCGCUCUUUCGCCGCCAUUUACUGCCUUUAACCAAAAAGAGUUGGCAGAAAAAAUCAGAAUAGGAAAAUUUCGGAGAAUCCCCUAUCGAUAUUCUGAAGAACUGAACCAAGUUCUUACAAAAAUGCUGAAUCUGAAGGAUUACUUAAGACCUUCCAUUGAGGAGAUAUUGCAGCACUCCCUAUUAGCAGACUGGGUGUUAGAGGAACAAAACAGAAUAAGUGAGAAGCGUGUUCGUCGAUCUGCAGAACAAGACCAACUUCUCCAGCCGGAUCCAGUCCUCGCUGAGCUACGGUUAAAAGAACAGCAGCUGCUGGCGCGGGAGAAGGCUUUAAAGGAACGAGAGGAGCUACUAGAGCAACGAGAGCGAGAGCUGUGUGUACGGGAGAGACUUGCAGAAGACAAACUAACAAGGUCAGAAAACUUGAUGAAGAACUUCAAUCUCCUUAAGGAGCAACGGUUUUAUGGCGCUGGUGUGGAGAAUGCACUAGAUCCUACCUUGGAGAAAUCGUCUUCUAUACGCAGCAAGAAGAACGUCCACUUUGGUACAGAGAGCAAGGAGAACCGUAAUGGGAGCAAGUAUCCCCCUACCCAAGAAAAGUGCACAGAACUAAAGCAGCGGCUGCAGGCGGCCAAUGUGCGGGCGCAGGCUCUGUGUGAACUGGAGAAGAACUUUCAGCUGAAAAGCCGCCAGCUACUGGGGAUGCGCUGAUAUAUGCGGUUAUAGAUUUAAUAUAUACAGUAGCUGGUCUCUUACUGUAGCUUGCAUGGAGUCAGGUCAAUGGUUUGCAAUGUGUUUAAGGAAUGUGAGGUUUCUGUAGCUGAUACAGAUUUUUAAAAGCUUUGUUAGGUCGGUUUUGUCCCCAUUGUUCUAUAAAACACCUAAAAUCUAAUUUGCUUGCACUCUCCCACCAUCGGUUGCAUUUACCACAUUGGUAAAAACUUCCAGUUGUUUUUUUGUUUUGUAGUCUGAAAAUCCUACAGUGCCUUACAUGUGCGUUAUUGUGGAUGUGCUGUAUUUGUGUAUGCUGUGGCUCCUUCCACUGUCCAGGAACAUGUAUUACCUUUUUUUUUUA